AUGACGUCAUCGCACGAUUUUACCAAAUUGAAGGAAUUGUACACAGCCGCCGGACAGGGGCAGGUCUUUCGCUUCGAGGAGAAGUUGAAUGAGGAGGAGAAGAUCGCCUUCUAUGAACAGCUACAGACUAUCGAUGUGGAAGACCUGGCGAAGAAGUACGCCGCCGCGACCAAUCCUUGCGGAGUGGGUCAGAACUCAGCGAGGAUUGAGCCCCUGCAAGCGUCUGUCAAGAUUGCGGAAGCGAAGCCCGAGGAGAGGGCUCGAUGGGAAGAGCUCGGCUACCAGAAGAUUGCCGAGGGCAAGGGCACGCGCCUGGGCUGUCCCGACCCCAAGGGUACUGUGGACAUCGGCCUCCUCUCCCACAGGUCGCUGUUUCAGAUUCAGGCGGAGCGCCUGAUCAAACUGCAGCAGCUGGUGACCGACAGACUGGGCAAGCCAUGCAAACCGAUACGGUGGUAUGUGAUGACCAGCAUCGACACGGACGACAAGACGCAGAACUUCUUCAAGGACCACAACUACUUCGGCCUCAACGCGCAGGACGCCGUUUUCUUCCAGCAGGGCCUGUUGCCGUGCCUCACCAAGGACGGCCACAUCAUGCUCGAGUCCGCUGGCCGCGUAGCCAUGGCACCGGACGGCAACGGAGGGCUCUACCACGCGCUCGACAAGUGGGGAAUCCUACAGGACAUGAGGAAGAACGAGGUCGAGUACAUGUUCCAGUAUUGUGUAGACAACAUCCUCAUCAAGAUGGUGGAUCCCGUGUUCCUGGGUUUCCUCUACGAGUCUGCCGCUGACGUGGGCUGCAAGGUCGCUCCCAAGUCUGCGCCCAAUGAGGCUGUGGGUGUCCUCGCCCUGCGAGACGGCAAGUACGGCGUCAUCGAGUACAGCGAGAUCGACAAGGAGCUGGCCGCCAAGCGGGACGAAAAGACGGGCGAGCUCAUGUUCAACGCCGGCCAUCUGUGCAUGAACACGUACCGCAUCGAUUUCCUCGAGAAGGCGGCUCGCGAAUACUCAAGCUCCCUGCCUUACCACUUGGCCUUCAAGAAGAUCCACUGUGCCGAUGAAGAGGGCAACCCGGUCAUCGCCACCGCCAACAAUGGCUACAAGCUGGAGCAGUUCAUUUUCGACGUGUUCGAGCACGCCAACAAGUUGGUGGCCUUUGAGAUCGUGCGCGAGGAGGAGUUCUCGCCGCUCAAGAACGCCUCGGGCGCGGGCAAGGACUGCCCCGAGACCUGCCGGCGGGACCUCUACAACCUCCACAAGCGUUACAUCACCCGCGCCGGCGGCCGCUUCCUCGAGCGGGCCACCAACGGCUCGGCGGCCGCCACCAACUCAAGCGGCGGCGACGAGCAGCUGGACGAGGUGGAGAUCUCGCCGCUGGUCUCGUACGCCGGCGAGGGCCUGGAGGGCGUCAAGGGCCAGACCUACGCCGUGCGCGACGGCGGUGGACCGGGGCUCAGCGUGCAUCACUUUAACUGA